AUGGAGGAGCGCGGUGCUGAGGCGCUGCCUGGGCACAAGGAUGGCUGUGAGGAAACCAGAGCGUCGGCUCACGGCAGCGACAUCCCUAGUUCUGAAGUUCUUGAAGCAAUAGAAAAUGUUAUUCUAGAUGUGCUUAAAACUUUGGCCAAAAAACAAGCACCUGUUCUCACGCUGGCUAAUAGAUCAGAUUGGAGGAACGUAGAAUUUAAAGAUUCUGUAGGUCUACAAAUGAUUCCUCGUUCCACUACAAAACAAAUCAGAAGCGACUGCCCUGCAACAGCACCCAAGUUUGCUAUGAUGCUCAAAAUAUUAUCGAUGAUCUAUAAGAUGGUGCAGAGCAAUUCGUAUGCAACUAAAAGAGAUAUAUACUACUCAGAUACACUCCUGUUUGGUAGCCAGAGAGUUGUGGACGAUUUAAUCAAUGAAAUCUCUUGCAUGCUUCAGAUACCUCGAAGAAGUCUGCACAUUCUGUCUACGAGUAAAGGUUUUGUUGCUGGUAAUUUAAGUUACACUGAGGAAGAUGGUACAAAAGUGAAUUGUACCAGUGGUGCAACAGCAGUUACCGUGCCAUCUAACGUUCAAGGAAUUAAAAAUCUAUAUUCACGUGCCAAAUUCAUAUUAAUUGUAGAAAAAGAUGCAACCUUCCAGAGACUCCUGGAUGAUGAGUUCUGCAUUAAAUUGGCCCCAUGUAUAAUGAUUACGGGAAGAGGCAUACCAGAUCUUAACACACGACUUCUGGUCAGAAAGCUCUGGGAUACAUUUCAAAUUCCUAUUUUCACCCUUGUGGAUGCAGAUCCACAUGGUGUGGAAAUAAUGUGUAUCUACAAAUAUGGAUCUGUGUCAAUGUCUUUUGAGGCCCACCAGCUCACCGUUCCAUGCAUAAAGUGGCUUGGUCUCCUUCCGUCUGAUCUCAAGAGAUUAAACAUACGGGCAGAUGUCCUGAUUCCAUUUACGAAGCAAGAUCAAAACAAGUUAACAAGUCUACAAAAGAGGCCUUACAUUGCUUGUCAGCCAGCGUGGAAAAAAGAGCUGGAAAUUAUGGCAGCAUCUAAAAUGAAGGCUGAAAUCCAAGUUCUAACUUCUCUUUCAUCAGAUUAUCUUUCCAGAGUGUAUUUACCAAACAAAUUGCAAUUUAGUGGAUGGAUAUGA